AGCCAGCAUGGGGAAUAGGUUAUGUGAAGGGUCCUUUCUCAAGGAGCGCCCAAAUGGUGCAGACGUUUGCUGGCGUUGUCUGUUUCUGACCAAGGGUGGCAUUUCGCGCUGGGCAUGGGAAGCCUGCUGGCUCGUGGAGGAGCUACUGGAUCAGCAGCAUCUCCAGGGCAGGAGUUCUGAUUCUGGGACUGAAACAGCACUUUGCUUUGACCUGCACCACUCUGUACUGUGAGCAGAGUCUGGGGGAGCAGGCUUCCCUGGGUCCGGGACUGGAGCAGAGCAUCUCACAUCUCAGUGGGGACAGGGACAGAGGGCCAUGAUGCCCUGCUUCUGGCUGGCAAAUUCUGCUAGACCUUAAGUAUUUCGGCCAGUGUUUGGGCUGGGCUGGGCACUAAGGAGGCAUCCCGGGCAGUGGCCAGAGCUCCAGGAAUGCUGGCUCUGUGCUCAGCUCCAGCCCUGACUCCUUAAGUAGGGGUAAUGAUGCCAGCCUGUCCUUUGUGGAGCACACUGGGACCCAGAGCUGGGAAGAGCCAUGUAUUAUUGCUGGCAAGUGCUGUGAAGAUCAAUCACUGAUCCCAGACGCCCCAUCCCUGAGGUACGUGGUCUCUCAGCAGGGCUCCUCUUGCAUUUCGUGUCCCUCUUCUGUUCUUUCUCGCUUUGCAGGCUGACCGACAUGGCAGCUGCAUGAGGCCCAUGCAGCCAGCUGUCGAGCCCCCUGCUUCUCUUGCAGGGACAGUCAGUGGCUUCGGGGCCCUGUUUACCGUCCAGUUAAUAAAUGAACAGGAAUCAGUGAAACUCUCCAAAGGCAAGAGCUGGCUCUGAAGUCAUCCCAGCUCUGGGGUGGGUGGGAGCCCUGAUGCUGAAGCUCAGAGCUGAAAAGCAUUGCAAGCUGUGCAAGACUCUUCCCCGACCCAGCUCUCCUCCCUUCCCCCCACCCGGCAGGUGCAGUGGGCUGGCACUUGGCUGCGAGACUGCAGAGAGCUGGUUAAAGUUUGCACAUUAGUUCCUGUCAAGCUGUCAGGAAGGGAACUCUGAGAUCUGCGUUAAUCCCAGUGCAAAGUGUCGGGAGGGGAUGUCUCAGUUGCUCUGGCCUCUUCUGAGAUUCCUGCUUCUGUUGAGAGUGGCAGCCUCUGUGAACUUUUUCCACCAUCGCUAUGAGCAGCUUGUGCAGGCCCUGUACAAUGUGCACAAUGAGUGUCCCGAGAUCACCAGGAUUUACAGUAUCGGCAGCAGUGUCCAGGGGAGAGAGCUCUAUGUCCUGGAAUUCAGUGACAACCCUGGAGUCCAUGAACUCUNNGAGCCGGAGUUCAAGUAUGUUGGGAACAUGCAUGGGAACGAGGUUCUGGGCAGGGAGCUGCUGCUCCAGCUCUCGGAGUUCCUGUGUGAGGAGUAUCGCCGGAGGAGCGAACGGAUCACACGGCUCAUCUGGGACACACGCAUCCACAUCCUGCCCUCCAUGAACCCAGAUGGAUAUGAAGUGGCUGCCAACCAGAACCUAGAUGCCAUUGGGUACCUGACGGGCAGGAACAAUGCCAACGGCAUCGACUUGAACCGGAACUUCCCUGAUCUUAACACGUUCAUGUACUACAAUGAGAAAACCGGAGGUCCCAAUCACCACAUCCCCCUGCCAGCCAACUGGAAAAGCCAGGUGGAGCCAGAGACCCUGGCUGUGAUUAACUGGAUGAACUGCUACAACUUCGUCCUUUCAGCCAACCUCCAUGGCGGAGCCCUAGUGGCAAAUUACCCCUAUGACAAAGCCCAAGAGCAACGGGGCCGGGGCCGGGGCUAUCACCAUGCAAGCAACACCCCAUCCCCUACCCCUGAUGACAAGCUGUUCCGGAAGCUGGCCAAAGCCUAUUCCUACGCCCACCACUCGAUGCACCAGAGCCCAACGUGUGGGGAGCAGUUUGCCGACGGCAUCACCAACGGGGCCUCCUGGUAUUCUCUCAGCAAGGGCAUGCAGGACUUCAAUUAUCUUCACACCAACUGCUUCGAGAUCACCCUGGAGCUGAGCUGCAACAAGUUUCCUCCUCAGAAGGACCUGGAGAAGGAGUGGCUGGCCAAUCGUGAGGCUCUCGUCACCUACUUGGAGGAGGUCCAUCAGGGCGUCAAGGGGCUGGUGUCCGAUCAGAACGGCAAUGGGAUUGCAGGUGCUGUGAUUUCUGUCCAGGGCAUCGGCCACGAUGUCACCUCCGGUGACAUGGGAGACUAUUUCCGCUUGCUGCUGCCUGACACUUACACCAUCACUGCCUCGGCAGAUGGGUAUCAGCCACAGACGGCGACGGUGACAGUGGGCCCAGCUGGGCCUUCCCUGGUGGAUUUCCAGCUCACACCAAACCCAGUGAAGGGGCCCCUGGAGAAAAAGGCCCCGGCCACCAGCCUGAGCAGCAAAGUCCUUCAGAAGAAGGUGGUGCCAAGAGCAGCUCAUAAGAAGACACAGAGAUGAAGAGGGGCCCAAUGUGCCGAGAGCUGGAGGGGUCUCUGGAUGGAGGGCACCAGCAGCAAGCGAGCGUCCUGACGUAGUGCGACGAUCCCAAAUUGCCUCGCGUAUUAAAGUCACAAAUCUUUCAC